UUCAACUCUCUAGCGACUGCUUAACUCGAAUCGGCGCUUUGGCCUCAUCACAUUGAAAUCAUCACCUUCUAUAUACAUAUCCCUAGCACAGCAUGGUUCUCGAACGACUACAGCAAUUGACUCACCAGGUCAGCGCUACUGCGCCGCCGCCUCACCCACUUGAUCCUCUUUCUACGGUGGAAAUUGAUACAGCUGUUGGCAUUAUCCGCAAAGAACAUGGCUCGCUCAACUUCAAUGCGGUCACACUAUACGAGCCCCGCAAGGCCCAGAUGAUGGCCUGGGUGGCUGAUCCGGAGAAUGCUCCUCGUCCUACCCGAGCCGCCGAUAUUGUUGCCAUUGCACCUGGUGGCAAGAUCUACGAUGGUGUGGUUGACCUGGACCAGAAGAUGAUCAUCAAGUGGCAGCACACACCGAAUGUCCAGCCUCUGAUCACCAUGGAGGAUCUGCAGGAGGUUGAACAUGUUGUGCGCAAGGAUGCUAAGGUCAUUGAGCAAUGUGGUAUUAUUGGAAUUCCCAAGGAGGAUAUGCACAAAGUAUACUGCGACCCAUGGACAAUUGGGUACGAUGAGCGCUUUGGAACUGGUGUACGUCUUCAACAAGCCCUCAUGUACUAUCGCCCUCACCCCGACGACUCCCAAUACACCUAUCCCUUGGACUUCUGUCCCAUCUACAACUCUGAGACCAAGGAGAUCAUCCACAUUGAUGUGCCGUCUGUGCGGAGACCGGUCAGCAAGGCCCUCCCAAACAACUACCACCCAGCCGCAAUUGAGAAAGAGGGUGGAUACCGGACCGACAUUAAGCCAAUUCACAUCACCCAGCCAGAGGGUGUGUCUUUCGAGGUCAAGGGACGUACAAUCGAAUGGCAGAACUGGAACAUCCACGUCGGCUUCAACUACCGGGAAGGCAUUGUCCUGAACAACAUCACAUUCAACGACAAGGGCAAUGUGCGGCCCAUCUUCUGGCGUCUUUCGCUGGCCGAGAUGGUCGUGCCAUACGGCAACCCGGAACAUCCCCACCAACGCAAGCACGCAUUCGACCUGGGCGAGUACGGCGGCGGAUACAUGACCAACAGCCUUACACUGGGAUGCGACUGCAAGGGCGCAAUCCACUACAUGGACGCGGCAUUCGUCAACCGGGCCGGCGCCAGCACAAUCAUCAAGAACGCCAUCUGCAUCCACGAAGAAGACGCCGGCAUCCUAUUCAAGCACACCGAUUUCCGCGACGAGUCGAUGGUCGUAACCCGCGGCCGAAAGCUCAUCAUCUCGCAGAUCUUCACCGCAGCAAACUACGAGUACUGCGUGUACUGGAUCUUCCACCAGGACGGCACAGUCCAGCUCGAGAUCAAGCUGACCGGCAUCCUCAACACCUACGCCAUGAACCCAGGCGAGGAUACCAAGGGCUGGGGAACUGAGGUGUACCCGGGCGUCAACGCCCACAACCACCAGCACCUGUUCUGUCUCCGUGUAGACCCGAACAUCGACGGGCCGAGCAAUACCGUCUUCCAGGUAGAUGCAGUCCAAGGACCCGGUGAAGUCGGCAGUCCCGAGAACAAGUACGGCAACGCCUUCUACGCCAAAAAGACAAAGUUCUCCACUCCCAUCGAGGCAAUGUCCGACUAUGAUGGGUCUACCAGCCGUACCUGGGACAUGGCCAAUACCAACAAGCUCAACCCAUACAGCAAGAAACCCGUCAGCUACAAGCUAGUCAGCCGCGAUGUUCCUCCCCUGCUCCCCAAGGCGGGCGGACUGGUCUGGAAGCGAGCAGGAUUCGCACGCCAUGCUGUCCACGUUACUAAAUAUGACGACGACCAAGUUCACCCAGCUGGCCGCCACGUCCCACAGACCUCCGGCGAGCCCUCCGAGGGUCUGCCCGCGUGGAUCGAAGCUGCUGGUCCCAGUUGCUCUAUUGAUAAUACUGACGUCGUGCUUUGGCACACUUUCGGUCUGACGCACUUUCCCGCGCCGGAGGAUUACCCGAUCAUGCCUGCGGAGCCAAUGACACUUCUUCUACGCCCGCGCAAUUUCUUUGACCGCAACCCAGUCCUUGAUGUGCCUCCUAGCUUUGCGCGUACACCGACGCAGGUGGCUGCUAACGCGAGCGCUUGUGCCUGCAAGAAGAGUGAUGGGUCUAGUGUGUUGGUUUGAUUUGAUGAGAUUUGACGUUGCUUUAGGUUACUUAUUUUCUCA